AUGAACAGAAUUAUGAGCGAUAUAAAGAAGCAAAUCCUUUUCACGCCGGGUCCUUUGAUGACGACGGAUACAGUGAAAAGAGCUAUGUUUAAAGAUUUUGCAAGUCGCGAUAUAAGAUUUAUGGAAGCCGUCAAGUCUAUUAGGAAGAAAAUGAUUACUAUUGCUCAACUAGAUCCCAAUAAAUGGACUUGUAUACUUCAACAAGGUGCAGGUACUAUGGCUAUUGAAGCAGCUAUAUCAACUACUGUUCCAAAAUUAAGUCCAAAAUAUCUUCUUCUUAACUCUGGAAAAUAUGCUGAACGACAGGGUCAAAUUGUCAAGCGACUUGGUUUCCCUAUGAUAUCUCUUAAAUCUGAAGAAGGGAAAGAAAUUGAUUUUAAUGCAUUAAAUGAACUUUUAAAAUCUAAUAGUGAUGUGACAACAGUUGGAUAUGUACAUCAUGAGACCAGUACAGGAAUGAUUUAUCCUGCUGAAGAUAUUGGUAGAAUUGUACGUCAACAUAUCCCUAAUGCCGUUAUUAUUAUGGACGCUAUGAGUAGUUUUGGAGCUAUACCUGUAAAUGUUGAAAAAGCUUGUGAUAUUCUUAUUACCUCAGCAAAUAAGUGUUUUCAUGGUGUUCCUGGAUUUGCAAUCAUACUUGCUCGAAAAGAAUUGAUUAAAAGUUGUAAAGGACAAUCUAGAAGUAGUUGCUUGGAUUUGUAUGCUCAAUAUUUGUCAUUUGAAAAGACGAAUCAAUUUAUCAUUACACCCCCUGUUCAUACUAUAAUGGCUUUCUAUCAGGCCCUUAUUGAGUAUGAAGAAGAAGGUGGUAUUAAAGGGAGGAGCAAAUCAUAUGAACUCAAAUCCCGUAUUGUUCUUGAAGAAGCAAAAAAGUUGGGAUUCACAUUAUUUCUUAAUGAAAAGAAACCCUCAUUUGGACAUAUUGUUGUCUGUCUUAAUAUGCCAUCUGAUCCAAGAUGGAACUUUAAAAAAUUUUACUUAUUUUUGAAUCAGAGAGGAUUUAUUUUGUAUCCUGGAAAGGCUUCACAUGCAGAAACAUUUCGAAUAGGAAUUAUUGGUAGUACGAGUUGCAAAGAUAUGAAAGAACUAAUGAACUGUGCAAGGGAAGCACUUCUCUCAAUGGGGAUAGAGAGACUUGGCUCAAAAAGUAAUUUAUAG